AUGAACCUGUGGAAACUUUCAGUUGGCAUCUUCGCCGCCGUCAAGUCUGUCUGGACACGCGGCAGCCCAUUUGCCGCGCUCACGGCCCUAUGGCCAACGAAUGAGGAGAGCAAAUUCAUCAUUCAAUCCGAAGGCAUUCGCCUUGCCUUUACAAAUCACGGUGCAGCUGUUACGAACCUUUGGCUGAACAAUACGUAUGGCGAAGAAAUCGACGUGGUAUUGGGUAUGGACGAUGCGAGGGACUAUCCGGCGCUGCAGUCAAAUCCAUUCUUGAAUGGGGUUAUUGGUCGGUAUUCAGGCUUCCUAAGCAACUCAAGCUACCCAGUCGAUGGAACAAUCUAUCCCGUAACGGCAAAUGCACACAACAACACCUCGCUAUUCAACGGCGGAUAUAAAGGCUGGGGCCGGCAGACCUGGGAUAUUGCAGUGCAUAUCAAUAACAGCAUCACAUUCGUGUUGUUCGACAACAGAUGGAACGGAUUUCCUGGGAUAUUUGCCUCGUGCGUGACACAUACGGUUACGCCAUACGAGUGGCGUAUAGCCUUUGGGGUUACGCCUCUGCUAAAAGCGGGUCCAAUCAACUUAAGUCAGCAAGUCUUCUUCAACCUUGAUGGGUUUAAGACAAUCAAUGCCAGUAUCAAUGAAACCGAUCAUGGCAUGGUUCUCGAUCAUCGGCUGAGGCUUCCCGUUGCUGGAAUGCGUUUUGAUGUGGAUGAGCGAGGGAUCCCAACAGGGGAUUUGAAGAGUAAUAGGGAAGGAACAGAUUACGACUUUUGGUCUGCGGGAAAGACUAUCGGCGAGGGGUUAAGAAAUGGUCUUGCCGGAUUAGACGUCACUUAUGCUCUUUCCCACAAGCCGUCUGGCGACAAAGAGGAUGAGCCUGUGGCCAUACUCUCCUCGAACAUUUCGGGUGUUACCAUGGAGCUCUAUACUGACCAAGAUGCUCUUCAUGUCAUUACAUGGGAUCAAGAUAGAUUUGGUAGCCUUCAGUUGAAGAAAGGUCAGGGGGCAGGUAAUGUUCCUCGGCACGCGGCCAUAUCUUUAGAGAUGCAAGACUGGCCAGACGCAGUGCAUCAUCCGGAAUGGAGAAACAGGAAGACCAUCUGGGGGAUGGACGGAUUGUAUACCCGGUUUGCAACAUAUAAGUUUUCGGUAGCGGGGAAAGGAAAUUGA